GUGGUCCGAGCGUUCGUACGCUGGAUGAGGCUGUCGCGGGCGUAGAAGAUGCAAGACGCUUUGUUCGAACGGAGCAGAGAGCUUUCUCCGUGGCAGAAUAUAAUCGGAGUCUGGUCUUGAUCGAAACGGUACAAAGAUGAUGCUCCUGCUGGUUUAUAGUUUUCUAGUUGUUUACCGAGCGUCGUCGGAAUUGACACACGGCUUUGCUGGCAAUUCGAACAGUGAAAACAAAACAUGGGAAAGCUUGGAGUUAAGUCCCAUACACAGAAUUAAGGAUUCCAAUUACCUGCUGGACAGGUAUCCUAUGGGAGAAUUACCAUCAGACUCCUUGAAUUGUCAUAGGCCAGCAAAAUGUGUGGAGAUGCAAAAGAGUACAUGUAUGGGCACAAGAUUGACAUAUACUACCACUACAUUGGAUCUUAUACCUGAACAUGUGACUCAAGAUAUGAUAGAGGAAAGAUUGCAUGUAUUGCAAGCAUUAAGACAUAUGCCAAAGUGUUGGGCAGUUGUUCAACCCCUGUUAUGCUCAAUAUUUAUGCCUAAAUGUAUCAAUGAUACGGUAGACCUGCCAUCCCAAGAAAUGUGCAAAAUUGUUUCGGGACCCUGCAGAAUUGUGUUCAACCACACAAUAUGGCCAAGCUUUGUUAAAUGUGAAAAUACAGAAUUGUUUCCCAGAUUAUGCAAAAACGAUAUUCGAGAUUUAAAGUUUAACAUUUCGGGUAAGUGCCUGAAACCUCUAAUCCCGACUGACAAUGCACUUGCAAUUUUUGAGGGAGUCGAAGGCUGUGGUACACAAUGCAAUGACCCAUUUUUCACACCGGAUGAGCACAAACAGAUUCAUUCUUUUAUUGCUUGGGCUGCAGGAAUUUGCGGCUCAUUUAACUUGUUCACGGUUAUAACAUUUCUAAUCGAUUGGAGAAGCGCGAAUAAAUAUCCAGCUCUAGUUAUAUUCUAUAUAAAUUGCUGUUUUAUGGUAUCCUGUAUUGGAUGGCUUGCUCAGUUUACACCAGGAAGUAGAGAAGUGAUUGUAUGUCGUAAAGACGGAACAUUAAGAAUGAGCGAACCAAGCGGAGAAAACUUAUCGUGCGUCGUUGUGUUCGUCCUUGUGUAUUAUUCUCUUCUGGCCGCGAUGGUAUGGUUUGUGAUUCUCACGUAUGCUUGGCACAUGAGUUUUCAAGCGCUUGGAAAAAUUCAAGAUAGGAUUGACAAAAAGGGUGCUUACUUUCAUUUGAUUGCUUGGUGUUUCCCGCUUGUUCUCACCGUCACCAUUAUGGCAUUAGGGGAAAUAGAUGGGAACAGUGUCACUGGUAUAUGUUUUGUGGGUUAUGCCAAUCAUGCAGUCAGAGCUUGGUUCUUGCUCGGCCCUGUGAUGAUUGUUUUAUUGGUUGGAGGAUAUUUCUUGUCCAGAGGAUUGAUCACUCUAAUUCGAUUGAAAAUAACCAGCCAAGAAAUUAUAUCCGAAAGGGCGAGUUCCAAAAUACGAGAAACUAUCGUUCGUAUGGGUCUGUUCUCAAUUUUCACUUUUACUGCGGUCGUAGUAACGUUUUACUGCCACAUUUAUGAGUUCCAACAUUCUUGGGAAUGGCGUCGGAGUUUUAGAAAUUAUAUGAUAUGUGCAAUAACGACGAAAUAUUUGGAUAUUUCCGAAUGUAAAAUGGAGGUUCGACCGAGCGCCGCUAAAAUGCAAUUGCAUUUACUUUCACCAUUUUUUGCUGGUAUUCUAAUGUCGUCAUGGGUUUGGACUGGCUCGACCGUAGACACCUGGACGAGGUUUCUCAGACGAACAUUCAAUUGCGAGACUGAAGAACCAAUCAGAUUAAAGAAGCACAAGGUGAUCGCUCAAGCGUUCGCGAAACGGAAGAUGUUCAACAACGCUGGCCGACUGUCCAUCAGUUUCCACAACACUCACGAAGAUCCGGUCGGCCUGAACUUCGAUCUAAAUUCCGUGGCCUCGCAGGACUUCAGUUCGACGUGGGCUGCCGCAUUACCUAAGCUAGUUACACGCAGGUGCGCGCUCGUCGGCGCGACGACGGGUUCCGUCUCCAGCAACAGACGUAACUCCGUGGACUCUGAGAUCAGUUUCAGCGUGCGUCGGGUGUCCGUAGAGUCCAGGAGGAACUCCUUAGAUUCUCAGAUAUCCGUUCAAAUAGCCGAGCUGAAGACAACGCGAAAGGUCGCGAGUACCUCGCGCGGCCGACGCGGCAAACGUCGACGAGACUUUGGGAAAUCGAGAUCGGGCAAGGUGGGUCCGUUGUUCAGGAGAGGCAGCACGACGUCUCAGGAGAGCCAACUUGGUGCUCAGAUAUUGUCAGCGUUGACUAUAGGCGGCGGUGACGCAAGGGUACCAACGAUUCAAGUGCCCAACAUGAAAAGACGAUCCGCGAAUGCAGGUCUGGACGAGCGUACUUUGAACUCGAAACUGUUCGACGGGAAGAACGCGGGCAUGCUUCUGCCGUUCUUGUUCCCGGCGCAGAGCGGCAGCGAUGAGAAUCUGACCAGCGAGGAGAAACAGGAGCAAGAAAUGACGGGAAAGGACGCGGAUAUAGAGGGUGGCAACGUCGAGAAAGACGACCAAGACAGCGACACCGACGAGAGCGAGCCCGAGGAGAAGACGAAGAUGUUGGAGCCCGACGAGCCCCACGAGCGCAGCAAAAGCAAGACGAGCAACAAGAGCUCCAAGAGUUACAGCCACGAGAGCGUCAGACGAAGCAGAGAGGGUCGUAAAAGUAAAUACUUCCUCCAGGACGAGGCUAUCCUGAAACACUUGUUUCAGGAAUCCAGCGAUCUCAAAUUGAAAAACGACACCGAUAUCAAGGAGGCGUAUAAAAAAGCUGGAAUGGGAAAUCUAGCGUCUAGUCUUAACUCUUGUUGCCCGGAACUGACGCGUCUGAAACAACCGGACGUGCAGAUCGCCAACGCCCGUGAAAUGGCGACGCAGACCUCGCUCCCGUUGGACAUUUUGGAGAUGGAGGAACUGAAGCAGAGCAUAGACGAGAUCAUCAACAGCCGGCAUUGUAGUUCGAAGGGUACACAGAUAUCGCCGCAGUUGAACAAAGGUAAAAACAUUGCCACGUAACGCCAACUACUUUCUUGGAAACUACGGCAUUAAGGAAGUGAUAGCAACAAAGUGAACUUUACGAACGAUCCUUUUAUUCUCGAUAGUAAUUGCCGUCAAACUGUGUCUGUCUUUUUAUACUUUUUUUUCUUUUUUUUUUUUUUAUUCUUUUUAUAUUUAUCCUCACUGUAACUUUUUCCUCUUGUUAUUCUUACCUGAGGUUAUAGUGUUCCCUGAAAAAAAAGAAAGUAAAAGUGCAUAACAAUUCAAUAGUGCCAAAAUCGUAUGUUAUUCGCCGUGUUAUUUAUAAUUCGCAAUUGUAUAUUUACGGGUGCUAUAGUAUAACUUCGAUUGUAAAUAAUACGUUAGAAUAACUCGGAUUCAACAAUGCAUAUUAUUACUUUUAUACGUUUUAUUACCGAUAAAAAUAGUGAUAAAAAUCUCGAUGUAGUAAAAUAAUUUAGAAUUUAUGACACCAGAAGUAUAAACGUAUUGCGAUUUCUCUUUUAUACAGAACGGACUAAAUCUAUCUUUAAUAUUACUCUGUACAUUACAGUAUUUGCAUUGUGUAUAUUCUAUAGUACUUAGAUUAUAUAUAAAUAUUUUUUACGUACACGUGCCUACGACUUAUGACUCUUGAUUCACAUCGCCUAAUGUUCCUACUAUAAUUAUUGUCAGAUUCAAUGAAAAUUGGGGAAACCAAUCACUAAUUGAUUGCGAACUGCAGCAUGCAAACGUAAAUAGUUUAACGUAAUCAUUAAUACUGCAUAAAAUUAUGCAAAAUAAUUUCUAUUAAUUUUCUAAAUAUUUAAAACAAUUCUUUUUUUUCUUUCGAUGAUUCUAAAAUGACAGUCUAUUAAAAAAAUAGUGGAAACAAGAAAUUAGUUUACAAAGCGUCAACGUUCCAUG